CUAACAUUCAUCAUGUCUGACGACCCUAAGCAACAAGCAUUGAACGAAAAGGAACUUGGAAACAAAGCUUAUAAGCAACGUCAAUUUGAAGAAGCUUUGACUCACUAUGACAAGGCUUGGGAAUUGGAUAACUCCAAUAUUACUUUUUUAACCAAUAAAGCAGCUGUUUUGUUUGAACAAGAAAACUAUCCUGAAUGUAUCAAAGUAUGUGAAGAUGCUGUUGAAAAAGGACGCGACAUUCGAGCCGAUUUCAAGUUGAUUGCUAGAGCUCUUCAACGUAUUGGUAAUGCUUAUGUCAAGUUAAAUGAUUUGGAUUCCGCGAUCAAGUUCUAUGGUAAAUCUUUGACUGAACAUCGAACACCCGAUACUCUUCAAAAGCUUCGUGAUACUGAAAAAGCCAAGAAAGAACAAGAAAAGGCUGCAUACUAUAAUCCUGAAUUGGCUGACAAGGCACGUGAAGCUGGUAAUGCUUUGUUCAAGGAAAGCAAAUGGCCUGAUGCUAUUGAACAAUAUACUGAAGCUAUCAAAAGAAAUGACAAGGAUGUUCGACCCUAUUCUAACCGUGCUGUCUGUUAUUUGAAACUCAUGGCUGUUCAUGAAGCUGAAAAGGAUGCUAACAAGUGUAUUGAAUUGGAUCCUGAUUUUGUUCGUGGUUACAUUCGCAAGGCUGCUGUACAAUUUGCCAAAAAAGAUUAUCAAGAAUCUAUUGAUACUCUUCGAGAAGCUCAAGCUCGUGACAAGGAUAAUAAAGCUAGUCGUGAAAUUCAACAACAACUCAACAAGGCUUAUGCUGCUAUGAAUCCAUUCACUGGUGGUGCUCAAGGCGGUGCUGAAGAAUCUCAAGAAGAAGUAUUGAAACGUGCUGCUCAAGAUCCUGAAAUCCAACGUAUUCUAUCUGAUCCUGUCAUGCAACAAAUCCUUCAACAAAUGCAAGCUGAUCCCAAGGCCGCUCAAGAACAUUUGAAGAAUCCUCAAAUUGCCAACAAUAUUCGCAAGCUCAUGAAUGCUGGUAUCUUACGGGUUGCUUAAAGAUGGAUGAUUAUUUGGUUGGGGAAGGAUUGAAUUAUAUCAUUUGUAUAUUUGCCGUUUUUGUUUUUUUUUUUUUUUAUAUAGUUAGUUUUAUUUUGUUUGCUAUCAACAAUUCC